AAUGAACAAUAAAGUAUAAAAAUAAAUCACUCACGAUAGAGAGUUCAACCGACGACGUUCAACAGCUGAUAACACAGCCCAACUCCAGCAUAUUGCUCAGUUAAAGACGAUCCUCGCACGGUGAAUGAUGGAACCAAGCACUUUCUACGGAGGACCCCUGCGAGGCAGUAUCGACUGUGGUUGUACUUCACUGGGAGCACUGAUCAUCAAGCGACUGAAGCAAAACGGUCAAAAUGUUGCCUUUAUUGAUCAAGUCACUGGAAGAACGACAACGUUCGAGCAGGUACUGAUCGGCUCCAUGAAGGUCGCUGGCCGUCUUAAAAUGUACGGAGUUGGUAAGGGUUCGAUCGUCGCGAUCUCGAGUGAAAAUCGCGUUGAAUACCCGAUCGUAACGUGUGCCAUCAUCUACUUGAAUGCCACGCUUGUACUGCUGAAUCCAGCGUACACUCCGACAGAGCUGGGUCAUGUGCUCGAGUUGACCAAACCAAAAGUUGCCUUCGCUUCAACAAAGUCGUUGAAGUCACUGCAGAGCUUUAGCUCUCACAUUGGGACGGUUCUUACUUUUGAAGAUCACGUUGCUGAUUUCUUGAACAACAACGAGUCGCAAGAUCAACUCGUUCCAAGCCCAGUGAUCCUCAAGCACGAUGUGGCGGUCAUGGUUUUAUCUUCCGGCACUACCGGUCUUCCGAAAGCCGUCCAGCUAACCCACCACAACGUGAUGACCGUACUUGCGAUCAUACGGGAAGAUCCUCGCUACACAGAUCUUUCCGUUCCAAUCAAGUCGCUGGGUCUGCUUCCGUUUUUCCACGUCUACGGCUUCAUGUUGACCCUGAACACCUGCUGCAACGGCUUCCCAAUGGUUGUCCUGCCCCGCUUCGAACCUGCACUGUUUCUCCAAGCCAUCCACACCUACAAGAUCACCAUGUUGAAUCUCGUCCCCGCCCUCGUAGUAUUCCUAGCCAAACACCCUCUAGUAUCCCAGUAUGACCUGAGUUCCCUCAAAAUGAUCCUCUGCGGAGCGGCUCCCCUCUCCAAAGACAUCGCUGAUCAAGUGCUGGAACGACUACCUCACGUUCAAUCUGUCCGGACCGCUUACGGAAUGAGUGAAUCUACGCUGGGAGCUCUGUCAAACUCGUUUGCCACCACCAAGCCUGGAAGUGUCGGACGAGCGCAGAAAACGGCCUGGAUAAAGGUUGUAGAAAUCGACAAUGUCUCGAUCAAUCUCGGACCAAACCAAGUAGGCGAGAUUUGCGUCAAAGGGCCGCUCGUCAUGAAGGGAUACUACAAAAACCCGGAGGCAACCAAGCAGGCCAUCGAUCCGACGGGUUGGCUGCACACCGGAGACACCGGCUACUACGAUGGGGAUGGGUUCUUUUUCGUGGUCGAUCGGAUCAAAGACCUGAUCAAGUACAAGGGUUUCCAGGUGGCGCCGGCAGAGAUCGAAGCGGUUCUGCUGAGCCAUUCCGCGAUCGCUGACGCUGCCGUUGUGGGAAUUCUGGACGAAGCCAGCGGGGAAGUCCCGGCUGCUUUCGUAGUGCUUCAGCCGGGACAAGCGCUGACGGCUGAGCAGGUUGGCAACUUUGUGGCGGCAAAGUUAUCCUCGGCAAAGCAUCUUCGAGGAGGCGUUCUCUUCGUUGAUGAGAUACCCAAGAAUGGCAGUGGCAAAAUUUUGAGGAGAGAGCUUCGCCAGCGGAUUGGCUCGACGAAGGCAAAGCUGUAGAAAUCGUCAUAUCAAUAUGUUGACUAAUUGAGUGUACGAUUCCCAGAAUAGAAUCAAACUUCUGCAAAUCAAUUAAAUUUAUUAAUUUACCAGAACUGUUUAAUUUUUAUACUUUUGCGGCCGGUCAACACAAAUCAAAUUUAAUUGGCCAGGUCAUCACCAUGAGCUAUUUUCACCCGCCGCCAUCAGUCAAUAUUGAAUCGGACAAUUUUUGCACAGCUUCCGGGCAGGGUGAAAUAUGAUGCAGUUGGGUUUCACCUGGUGGUCGUUGGAAAUAUAAAUUUUAUCAAAAA